UGCCCGGGCAACGAUAAAAUGCAAAACAAACCAAAACGAAAUUAAGUUUAGUCAGAAAGUUAAAAUGUCUAAUAAGCCCAUAAUUUGCUUUGAUACAUCCAAAAAUGAGCGAUUUCAAAUAUCGGACAACUAUAAAAUGAUUCACCGCAAGCUGAAGGCCAACUGGAUUGUGGAACAAAGCGAUGCCGAGCUACAAAAGGAGCGGCUUUCGCGCGUCAAGAUAUUCGUACUGGCAGGGCCCCAGGAUCGCUUCACCGAGGAUGAGUUCGAAGUGCUCAAACAUUACGUGGAGGUGGACGGAGGCAGUCUGCUAGUACUCCUGGGUGAGGGCGGAGAGCAGGAGUUCAACACGAAUGUGAAUUUCUUUCUGGAGCAGUACGGGAUCUAUAUCAACGGGGACAAUGUGGUGCGACCGCACUACUACAAGAAUUUCCAUCCCAAAGAGUGCAUUGUGGGUGGCGGAGUGGUCUGCGAGUCCAUGUGGCGGCACCUCAUCAAGCUGGACAUCGAGAAGGUGGACUAUGACUUCAGCGACGAGAAGUACAAGAUACACUUUCAGUAUCCCUACGGCGCCACCCUGAAUGUCUCGGAGCCCGCCAAUGUCCUGCUGACCACGGGUCCCGUCGUUUAUCCCUUCAAUCGUCCACUGGCGGGCUACUACAUCAACGGCAAAGGCGGCAAGAUUCUGGCCCUGGGUUCCGGCUACAUCUGGCACGAUAAGUAUCUGCAGGACAAGACGAAUGACGCCAUGCUGGAGUAUGUACUGAAGCUCUUGGGUGGCGAUGCGAUAAGCUACACCCACUUGGACUUUAACGAUGUGGAGCUCAGCGACAAUAAACACUUUACGGAUCUGGCCUUCCUGGCGGACAAGCCCAAGGCCUGCCUGAUAGACUCGAUCGGCACGGAAAUGCCCACAGACUUCAAGCAAAUGUUCGAAAUGGAGAUGUGCGCGCUGAGCAAUCGUUUGCUAAAGGAUGUCAUCGAUACGUACGAGCAACUGCACGUGAAAUACGAACCGCUGAGGAUCAUCAAGCCGCAGUUUGAGAUUCCAUUGCCCAACCUACAGUUGGCCACAUUUCCGCCCAUAUUCAGCGAGCCGCCCGCCCCACCGCUGGAGCUGUACGAUCUGGAUGAGACCUUCAGUGGGGCACGCUCCCAGUUGGCGCACAUGACGGGCCAGUGCCUGCAGGCGCUGCAGUCCAAGGAGCCAGCGCGGCGCAGCCUCAACCCACGGGAACUGGAGAACUACGUGAAGGAGUGCGCCAGGAUAACGGCCAUUGUGGGGGAACAGCAAGACAUGCCAGCCCGCGAGAUACUCAACAUUGUUGCACGACAAAUAGUCAGCUACAGGCCAUAUGCAGAGGAUUAGCCCAGCCAGACCAGAGCAGACAGCGGUGAUCCGAUUACCCAUCUGCCGUCCAGCCAGAGCGGCACAUUCCGCGCAGCGACUGCUGGCAAAAUCAGCA